GGGAAUUCUACAUCCCACAAAACAAAUUCAAAGUUUAAACAAACAUCGAUGGGAAACUUUUUGACAGGAUCUAAGGCCGAAAAGAAACCGAGUGUAUGUUAAUUUCAUCACAAUGCCUAUCUUUAUAAAUAUAAUAUGAUCUAAUAUAAUAUAUAAUAAAAGGCAAUAUCGACGAUCUAUGUGAUUGUUUGUAAGGUGAAGAAAUAUUGGCUCUGAAAUCCAAUAGUUUACCGAAGUUAUGUCCCUUUGAUCCCAGCAUUUGUUGAAAUCCCUUUACACUGUAACACUGUUCAUGUACCAGUUACUUAAGCUUUGGUACUGCUGGAAUUUACAAGUGAAUUUGAAGUUUCGAUCCUUCCUUAAUUACUGAUUUAUUGGUUGCACCAUUUCUGGCAAUGCAGCAUAUUAUGAAAGCUGUUUAGUUUUACAAAAGAAAAAAAAGAAAAGAAAAAAAAAAGGAAGGCUACAGAUGGAAAACCUACAAAAGGAAAUGUGUGAAACAUUAGGUUUUCACCUAGAUGAUGAAGAAAAAGAAAAGUGUUCUGGAAGAUGAAACAUCAUAUUUUUCACAUUACCGCCAUAAUGAUUUAGAACAAUACAGACUGGGAUAUCCUGGCAAAAAAGAUUACAAAAGAAUGACAGACAACUGGAAAUUUUAUUGCAAUGAGUUAAGGUCUUACCCAGAUGGCGACUUCAUAGACAAUAUCCAUAAAAACUGGUGGGGUGAUUACGAGAGACUUGAACGACAUCAUGGUUAUGUGCAGUGGUUGUUUCCGAUCAGAGAAACGGGAAUGAAUUUCCAUGCGCAAGAACUUCAAAUGCAUGAAAUUGAGAAAAUAAUGGAUGACGAAGAAGCUUUUAGUCGAGUUCUGAAGUCUUACGAAAUGCUGUUGGAUUUCUAUGGGAUGAAAUUAGACAGAAAAACAGGAAGAAUUAGCAGAGCUCAAAACUGGAGGGAGAGGUUUAAUCAUUUGAAUAGGUCGUAUCACAACUAUUUACGGAUAACAAGAAUUCUGAAGUUCCUAGGAGAGUUUGGUCAUGAGCAAUACAAGCGUCCAUUUGUUGAGUUUGUUUUGGAGGAGGCAAUGGAACACGGAACAUUAGGAAAUACUCUGGAAAGUUGUGUAAAGUAUUGGUUAGAGACAAUCAAAAGCGAUGAGGACCGGAAGCAACUCAGAGAAUAUAUACGCAAGAUGGAAGCGGGAUACAAUUCUCCGGAUGAUGGGACAGAUGAUAAAGAUUUAGUGUCUAAUGAGGAAGUGGAAAAGAUGAUUGAAAAAUCCAGGCAAAAUCAGGAAGACUUGGAUAAGGCUUCAAACAAGGAAUGGGAGGAAAAGGAAGAAAAAAUAAAGAAGAAUUCGCAGAAAAGGGAAACGAAAUCCGAAGAAACCACAGCAAAUGAGGCCACGAAGAAAGACAUCAAUAUGGAUAUCGGUAAUGCUGAUGAAGUUGGGAAUGAUGAUACAGAGAAGGCGGACAUGACUGACGUAUUGAAAGCCGAAAAAGACGAAAAGAAGAAAGAAUCGGGAGAAAAUGAAACAGAGAUGGAAAUAGACCCAAACUGUGAAAUGGAAACCAGCGAUCCACAGGAUUCUCAAAGAACACAGAAUGAUGCAUAAAGAUGAAUAAAAUAAACUAUUCUUAUCAAAUACGUAAUUUUUAUAUAAAUCGUUCAGAAUUCAUGAAUAUCGUCAUUAAAAUAUUGUCAUUGUU